AUGCCCUCCCUCAAAUCCAUCAUCCUAAUCCUCGCUCUCGGCGCCCUGACUACCGCAACCCUCAAACCGGCUACUUCCAACACCAAGGGAAAAUGUCCAGCUAGCAUUAAAUGCUCUGCGGCCAAAUCCUCAACCACCAUCCAAGCAGCCGAAUGCUCCCACAACACCCGAACAUCCAAAACCCAAACCUUCGCAGUCUUCAAAAUAGACCACCAAUACGACUCCUCCCACGGCGCCCCCUACGGUACCUGCGAAGCAUACACCUGCACCGCGCCUACGAAUUCCGAUCUCACUGAUCUGGAUGAGGAUUGUUGGGUGUUUUUCUGGAAUUCGAAUGGCGAGGACGAGGGCACUGGAACGGGCUGUAUUCGGAGCCCGGAUGAUGGGAGCUGUGGGUGUGAGAAUUCGGAUGGGACGUUUGUUGCGGGGAGCUCGAGUUGUUCUUAG